ACCACCCUAGUCGCAAUGUUCUUGCGCGUAGAAGUUGUUCUCGAUGUGCGCUUAUAAAAGUUUUUCUUAAGUGGACAAAAAAUAUUAUUUAAAUAAAACGCAUUAUGGACUGCCAUCAUCGUAUUGAAGUGCCACUGCGGUCUGGUGGUGGCAAAAAGAUGAAAAAACGACGAGAACUGGACGCUUUGAUAGCACAUUCCAUUACAAAAAAAGGUUCCCACCGCACUAUUCACUCACAGGACAAAUUGCUGUCAGUAUCCACGGAUGACCCUGAUGACUACACAUGGAUGAAUGUUGAGGGCACUACCCGACGAGGUCAUCGAAAAAAACUUUACUUUCGCAAGUGUGCUCCAUUUCUGUUUGGGAUAACUACAGCUUUAUUUGUUGGUAUACUGUACUGGCUUUACUUCGAUUUAAGACAGCAAAUUUCCGAUUAUCGUCAAAAAGUUGAAGAAGUCUCUGCCAUAAGCAAAAUAUUUCCGGAUACACUCCAGCAGUGGCAUGAAACAACAUCAUUCCUAAUCAAGAACCAAACAUUUGUAAUCAACCAACUCAAUGAAUUGAAUCAAAACGUUAACGUUUUAAAUGGCAAUUUAAGUAGUCUCCAAGAGACUGUUAAGGCCCAGAGAAAUUACGGCCAGGACGAGAAACUUGUGGCCGACUUUGGAGCCAAGCUAGAGGCUGUUGUAACGGAUAUUGAUGGCAUUAAGGAACACUAUAAUAGAUAUGUCGAGCUACAGAAGGGCCUGCGAUCCGAUAUGGAAAUGAUCAAGGUCAACGUUAGUCAAUUAGCAACGAUUAAGGAAAGCGCUGCGCCAGCAAACUUUUCAAAUGACGUCAACACGCUCAAUCAAACGAUGCAAAAUGCAUUGAAAAAGUUGGAAAGCGAUCUUAUGAAUGUUAAUAACACUCUUAUCCAGUCAAUAAAAAUUAUUAACGGCGAAAUCGUGUCGCACAAGAAUAAAUUGGACGACUUGUUGGAUCGCUCACAAAGUAUAACGGCUCAUGUAACCACAUUAAGCAACAAUUGGCAAGAGUUCCAGCAAAAAAUAAUAAGUGUCAACGAACAGCUGGAUAAAAUGAAAGGAAAGUUGACGAUAACCGAUAACAAGAACCGUAUGCUUUCGAAUACUAUUGAUCAGUUGAUGUCGUUGUAUAAGAAACCUGCUGACUCAACAACUCAAUUGAACCAGGAAGAUGCGACCAACAAUGAGAUUGAAGUAACGACUCCGGCAAAUUUAACGGUUAACGUCAGGGAAUCAUCAACGCGAUAAGCUAAAAAUAUUUUAAUUAAAGGAAAAAAUCCUUUAUGUACAGUUCUUAUAAUUCAUAGAAGAUAAUUUUAUUAUCAUCACAUAUUUUGCAAAAUAUUUAAACUUAGUAGCAAAUACUUAUAUUAAAUACGAAAUUAAACAUAACGAUUGGCGAUACGAAAAACGUUUGUUAUAGUCAUUAAAUGUGAAAGUUGGUUAAGCUAAAGUUAAUUUUAUUUAUAAUAAUUAUACUUGUAAUUUGACCACUUUAAAUCAAUGUUUGUGAUUCGCUUCUGUGCUUUUAUUUCAAAUAAUAAUACAAUAUCAACAUGUAAAAUAUUAUUUGCGAAAGAAACGUAAAAUACUUUCCUUUUGAAUAAUAUUGCACCAAAGAAACAACAAAAAUAAACCAAUUUAAUGGAUACAAUAUACAUUAAUUAUUCGCAAAUAUGAUAUGAAUGUUUAGUUAAUUAGUUUGUAAACCAUUUUAACAUAAUAUUUAAAUAAAUAAACACUAAGAGUGCAAUAAAUGUGAACUGUACCAUCCAUAUAGCUGCACUCAAAGCCCGCCUAGAAUUU